AUGGGCAGCAAAUCUACGCGCCGGAAGCAUUCUCCUCCUGAUCCGAGCGCCUCCGACACCACCCUCGACGACGUCGUCGCCGAGCCCGGCCUCGCGUGCCUCGUCUUCUCGUUCCUGCCGAACGCGCGCGACCGCUGCGCGCUCGCGCGCGUCGGCCGCGUCUUCCGCGACGCGGACGCGCAGGUCGCGUCGUUGCCCGCGGCGUUCGACUUCGCCGGCUACGAUCCGACGCAGCGAGGAUACUAUAGUAGCGUUGUGAUCAAGUAUCUGAUGCGCCACGACGGCGUGCUGAGCUUGCCGAAGGCGCGCGUCGAGGAGCUUCUCGCGUCGGUGACACCGCGGUUGCCGGGAAAAAUUUACGACCCAAGAGCUAUCGUUCCACGUGGUGUCCAACCCACGAGCGAGAAGGCCAAAGAUUUCUGUGGCUGGGCCGCUCACGCUGGCGAACUCGAGCUGCUCAAGUGGCUGCGAGAGCACGAGUAUCCUUGGGGUGUUACUUGCAUGAAUGCCGCCAAGACAGGUCGCCUGGACGUUCUCCAGUGGGCGCGAGAGAACGGCGCUCCGUGGAACGAAACGUACACGCACGACAUAGUUUGUGCCGGCGCGGCAUUCGCUGGUCAUCUUCACGUUCUGAAAUGGGCGCGAGCGAACGGCGCGCCUUGGGACGAGAACACUGCUCUCUCGUGUGUUCUUGGAGAUCAGAUGGAGACCCUAGUAUGGGCUAUCGAAAACGGAGCUCCGGUGAACAUUCAAGUCUAUGUUGUGGCGGCAAGACGAGAACCCGCGAGAACCCGCAUGGUGGAAAUACUCGGGGAAAGCAUGUGGCCCGACGAGUAA